CAAAAAAGCAACAAAAACAUUUUCUAAAAAGACAAGGAAAGGCUUAGGCUGAUCUUUGAGAAAUUGGAAGAAAUAUAUAAAAGAGAGGGAAAAAAUAUUUUAAUCUCACCCCUCUCUUCAUUUCUCUUAUCCUUUCUCAGAUCACCAUCAUACCUUUGAUUAUAUUAAUUUUAUCAUUUUGUUUUUUAAUCAUUUUUUGAUAUGAGUAAGUUUAGGGAAAAAAGACCUCCAGAAGUAAUUGCAACAUCAACACAUACAAAUUGUUAUGAUGAUGCUGCUUUAGAAGGUGUUGCUGCAAAUGUGAAGUUAUUGUUGAAAUUAAUUCAAGACCACAAAGAUGCAUGCAAAACGCAAAGAAACGAUGGAAGAAGGAUGUUAAGGGUGGCUGGAAUGAUGACCAUUCUUGACAUGGUUCGGACCAGGAUUCAAAAAUGUCAAUCUUUUGGAACCAAAAAAGCUGAUUUGGCAAGGAUGAGUCCUAUUCAGAGCCCAAAGGAUAGACGGCUAAGCGAGUCAAUGGUGCUUGAUGAGAAAGAGAAUCUAAAAAGAGAGCUUAAUGCAAAUGUGGCUGCACGCAAGAGUCUUGAGAUCAUGUGUUCAGGUUUGGGAAAAGAAAAGGAAAUAAUGAUGGGAGAAUUGGCAAAAAAAGCACAUGAAUUGGCAGAAAUGGAGGAACAUAUAAACGACCUUAAAGCACAAAACGAGACGUUAUUGGAAAAAGUGCAGGAAUGUGUGGAAGUGCAUAAAGAUGGAGAGAAAGAGAAAGAAACACAAGGAGCCGUUGAACUACAAGACCGUAACAAGUCCCUUUCAAAGCAGCUUCUGAAGUCGUUAGAUGGAUAUAGGUCUAUGAAGAGAAAGUUAAAAGAAAUGCAUGAAGAGAAUAUGAUAAUGCAGGCAACAAUGGAAGAAAUGGGAGUCAAAGUUAGCGGAAGUUUAGAAAAGAUUCGAAACUAUAGACAGCAUGCGACAUCAGAAAGUGAUGAAAUUGUAGAUAUCGAAGAAGGAAUUAUGGAAAUAGAGCACAUGUUCAAGUGUUUUGAGCUGAAUGAAAAAAAGCAGGGCAAAAAAGGUGGUGAACCUGUUAAAAAUACAGAUAUACAUUCAUAGACAAUACCGUAGAAACAUGUAUUCAAUAAAAGAGAAUCACUUGUAAGGUUUGUAAAGAGAAUGAUCAGUUUUGUAGUCCGUGUACUGUCUCUUGUAAAGUAUAACAUGAAAACUAA